CAGCAAACAGGGCCGCUCAGUAUCGCUAUGAGAUUAUCGAUGUAACUCAAAGGUUAUAAACAUAUUAAUAAUGUUACCUUCGACGAGUCAGGCUUGUGUGCAGUUCCAACCGUCAGCAGUGAUGGUUGGAAAAACUGCGAGGCAGCCAUUAGGUGACGUCAUGGUGAACAACAAGUUGAGACAGAUUCAAGAAGGAAAAGUCCUGUCCAAAUUUAAAUCCCGUUCCAGAAUCCCAUUGAGAAAGUAUGUUGCAGAAAACAAACCCCAUAUUGGGGCAAAGAAACUACCUAAUGGACGAACAAAAAUGGCAAAACGCCUUAAGAAAUCGCUGUCGUCUUUAUCCCCAAUUAAGGAAAAGAACGAAGUGCAACUGGAGUCCCUUGUUAAGCUGAGCGAUUUAGUAGACGAAUGUUGCAAUGCAGCGCCAUCAAUAUCUACAAAUGACCCAUUUCAGUUUCCAGAAUAUCUCGAUGACAUUUACAAGUAUUUACAGCAUAUGGAAAAAAAAUCUUGUCCACUGAACUGUUAUUGGAAAAACAAAGAAGCCUCGUGUAAUGGCGUUAACAGGACCGUUCUACUAGAUUGGUUAAUUCAAGUACAGUGUCACUUAGAACUACUGGACGAGACGCUGUUUUUGACGAUGAAUUUGAUAGACAAGUUUUUGACAGUUUCAUCAAUACCUCUGGAUAAGCUUCAACUACUCGGCAUCACGUGUCUACUUAUUGCAUCAAAAAUAGAAGAACGGUAUCCUACUGAGGUGAACAAUCUGUGUUUUCUGACCGCACAUUCGUAUUCAAGGAGGGAUGUUCUUCGCAUGGAAGCUAUAGUUUUACGAAAAGUGGAAUUUGAACUUAAUUUUGUAUCCCCUGUUCAUUUCUACGAUUUAUUGACAGCGAUCACAUCAGAAACAGAUGACCAGGUUCAACCAUUAGGACGAUACUUGAUGGAUCUGAGUAUCUGCAACAAUGACAUUUUGAACUAUCCACCAUCACUACGUGCUGCAUCGGCGCUAUACUUCUCGAGGCAAAUUAUCUACGAGAAUGGCGAGCAGCCGUGUUGGACAGACUCUCUGACCGCUUUCAUUGGAUUGAAUGAAGUAGAUAUGAUUCAAUGUGUCGAUAUAUAUGCACAGUUGUUAUUAAAGGCACCAAAGGCCAAACAACAGGCUGCUCGCACCAAAUACAGCAGUAAAUCCCGCUUCAAUAGUCUUAGUCUUCAUCCAAUUCUCACCGAAUCAAGAAUAUUGGCAGCGUUCAAAACGAAUCUUUCCCAUUCAUAAGUAAUAUUUACAAUAUUGUAUUCGUUUUUUUUUAUUUUUCGUUUUAGUAUAUUUAUUUUCAAUGAGGUCGAGUCGAAAUUAAAAUCUGUCUGUUCGCAAUUAAAUAUUUGGACGAACCUGUAAAGAUCGACAAAGACUUCCAGUGACAUUUUUGAUGUUUGUAUCAUAUGUAUAUUUUGUAAAAAUACAAGCACUAGCUAACAAAUUAAUAUAAAAUUUACUAAAAUUAGAAUGAUUAAUUCGCUCAAUUGUAAAUAUUAACGAUAGCAUGAUUCUGUAAAUAUGUUCUACCGAUGUAAGUUUUUAACACUGAUUGCUGGCACUUGUUUAUAUUUGUAUAGCACCAAACUGUAAAAACAAACCAGAGCUAUAUCUUUAUUUUAUCGAAUACAAUAUCUGAAUAAAGUUAAAUAA